AUGCCGCCCAUUGUCAACGGCCCCAUGGCUCAAUCUCUGCGUCGGCCCCUCCUGUCAGCCGUGGGGCUCUCCUCACCCCUCGAACGGCGCUGCUUCUCCCACGUUGCGCCGCGAUGGGACCUCAAUCGCCCUCCCGCCUAUGCUCGACCCGCGCAGCCUCCAGAACGCAGCAUGCGGAUUGCCUCUAGAGAGAUGAUGGCUAUUCCUUCAGAUAUCGGUAUCUUGGAAGCGACCUUCGUGCCUCCCACCGGCAGCAAUCGCCCUUCACUCUUCCACUCGCCCCGUCCGUUCCUAUCAUUACAAUGGUCGCGCGUGAAGUUCCACCUACGAGAUGCUCUUUCCAUCCUGAUCUUGAAGUGGACGUCACCGAAGGAGGCCCGUUGGUUUAACCGCUUGGUCAAGAUCCACCGGAGUCAGAUCGCCCCUACGGCCAUCGCCCUGCAUAGAGAGAUGUAUACCGCCUUUGCGGAAGGAGACGUCAAGACGCUGCGGAAGAUAUGUACGGACGGCGUAUACGAUUCCUUCAGGGCACGGAUCGGGAACCGGGCUAGGGGUGAGAAGGUGGUCUGGGAGUUGGUCAAAUAUAACAAGAGGGCACAGGUGGUUAGCCACAGAGCUGCGAGAUUACCUAUUGAGGGUGCUGCCAUCAGACAGGCUGUGGUACGGAUAUCUAGUCGGCAGAAAUUGACUAGAUACGGGCCAAGCGGGGCCCCUGUGAAAGGAACGGGGAAGGAGAAGGAUGUGGUGGAGUAUGUGGUGGUGCAGAAGAAGUACUGGAAAUGGAAGGCGGAUGACUGGCAAGUCUGGGGAACGACGGAGGAGACAAAAUUUGAGGAUAUCGUGCAAUGGCAGAAGAAUGCUCUGGAGGCUUAA